GUUAUUUCGAUAAUUUUAUACAUUUCGAAUUUGAACAUGGCUCCUAAAAGUGGGAAAGCGAAAUCCAAGACCAAGUACACAUACUUGGAGGAGAUUUUUGAGGAGAUUCAGCGAGAGAGUGACCGAGAGCUAGACAAGGACUCUCUUAGUGAACAAAGUUUUGAUUCUGGCGAGGAAGAAUUGUUCUUGGAAGGAAAGGAUCCCGUUUUAGAUUGUGGAAGCGACUCAGACUCGGAUGAUCUCUGGGAGCCGGCUGCAAAGAGACAACCACAAUCAAGCAGUCCUGCCUUCACUACUUCAGGAGCAUCUACAUCUGCCAUUGUUUCUGGGUCUACAACAAGCACACCUUUUGUCUCCAAAAUCACUCCAGGUCCGAUGUCAUCCACACCUACCCCCGUCCGGCCAUCCAGAGGUGUGAAGAGACCAGCCCAGAGACAAAGACGGGCCAGUGCACCAGCUGACACCCCCACUGAGGGAGAGGACCGUUGGCACACAGUACUGGAGGAGGAUGUGGAGCCACGUCCACCCACAUUCAGGCCUAAAAGGCAGCCUGGACCUCAGCUGGACAUGACUGGGACAUACAGCCCCCUCCAUCUGUUCCAGCUGUUUAUUACUACCUCUGUUCUUGCGACGCUGGUGUCGAACACCAACAAGUAUGGGACUAAAAAGCAAGCUGGAAAAAAAGAGGCAUGGAAGACCAUUUCAAUCAAUGACAUGUACUCCUACAUAUCACUGGUCAUUUACAUGGGGAUUGUGCUCCUCUAGCAUUCCUGCCUCCUCUAGCACUCCUGCCCCAGGACCUGCCUCCAGUGGUGCGCACAUACCAAAGUAUCUGGUUGCAGACCUGAAUGUGCCUCAAGGCCAAAAGGGUACAGUUGGAAGGCGCCGUUGUACCCUGUGCCAUAAAAAGUCACCUAUUACCUGCACAACUUGUGGUGUCACCCUGUGCUUUACAACAGAAAGAUACUUUUAUGGUACUUGGCAUCAGCAGCAUAACAUUAUGUAGAGGGUUGACUUGGGUGAUCUGGACCCUCAAUGUGUACAAAGUUUUUUUUUCACUUUUUGUUUGCUGUGGUUUGCUGUUUGCACUUUUGACAUUAGAUCAGUGUUGGCUUCUAACUUAGCCCUUAUUGUAAAUCGUUCACUUAUUUUGGGGGGCAUUGGAUCAGCGUUCUCGUUGGGCCUCCUGUCAGUACCUUUAUGAAGAGAAACCAAUGAUCCACCAUGUAUGACAUUUCUGGGAGUGUGUAAACCUUAUUUGUUAUUACACUUGUAUUUUUGAAUAAUCUCUGUUGUCAUAUGCUUGGAAUUUAAUCAUUUAUCCAAUUUGGCCACUUGGGUAGAUUUGGGGACACUCGGGAAGGACACUUGGGAGUCCUCUUACAGAAUAUUCUGCAGCUCUAUGGUCAUUCAAUGUAGCUGCCUAAAACUUUACCUACAGUCUCCUGCCUUCUAAGGGACACUACUUGAAGUGUCUCCAGCCUCCUAUCUCAAUGCAUGGCCUUCCCACUGCAUUUCAAACAUGAUGAUAAAAAUAAAAAAAACAAAAAACGUAUGUUUUUGGUUUGUUUUAUCUUC